AUAUUUUUGAAUAAUUAAAUUUUCAAAAUUUUGUAAUUAAAUAAAUUUGUCCAUUUUUUUGCAUAUUUAAUCCUUGAUUAAAAUUCGAGAAAUUGAAAAAAAUGUCCUCAUCAUCAUCAUCAUUAUUAUUACCAAGAUUUGUACGUGAUUAUCAAUGGAACGAAGUGAAAAUUCUGAAACAAUUUGGUCCAUUAAUUUUAAUUGAAAAACGUCAACAAAGUCAACAACAAUUGGACCAUUCAAAAAUGACGAGCACGAAAUCAUUACCAUUGACACAAAAUCGAUAUGAAAUUCUUUAUCAAAUGAAUAAUGUGAAUAAUCAAGAAAUGAAUAUUUUAUGGCAAACGAAUAAUGUACAGGAAAUAUUACGACGUUUUCGUUAUAUUGAAACAAUUCUAGCGACAACAUUCACCAGGAAUAUGAUGCAAAAAAGUCGUUGUAUACGAUUCGUUUCAACCAUAAUAACGACAAUGAUUGAUCAUCCAAAUUGGCAUGAUAUUCAUAUUGCUGCUUUUCACGGAUUAAUUGAUUAUUUUAAAAAACGUAAUUUCCAUACCAACGAAAUCACUGUGCGAAAUGAACCAGAUAAUUUUACUGUGCUACAUAUAGCAAUUAUGAAACAAAAUGAUUCAAUAGUCGAACGUAUUGUUCAAUGUGCAAAACCACCAGAUUCGAUUGUCGGUCUGGUUGAUUUCGAAGGAAAUUCACCACUACAUUUAGCUGCAAUGUGUAGUAAUUUGAAAAUAUUCAAAACAAUCACCACCAUGUUAUCCAUGGAUAAUAAACAUCGAUGUUUAUUACAGUUGAAAAAUCGUGCUGGUUUAAAUCCAAUCGAGAUAAUUGUACGUAAUUCACGCAAAGAAAAUCUUUUGCAUCUAAUGAAACAAACAGGUUUGACAGCCAGAAUGUUAACAAUUAUUAUUGGUGAUCACGAAUUCUUGCAACAAAUUGAUAACGAAAAAAUCGUUCCAUUCACUGAUGGUGAUCUGGUGGAUAUGGAUUUCAGCCACAUGAAUAAUGGUGGCUGCCCAUUACAUUGGAUAAUCAGGAAAGAAACAAUGAAAAAAAUGCUACAAUAUUUCGAUUGUAAUACACCAAAUUUUCGUAAUGAAACACCAUUGAUUACGGCGAUAAAAUCGAAUAAUUUUGAUUGUUCAUUAUGUUUAUUGCUUCAUGGUUCGGAUCCAAAUCAUGGUGAUCUAAAUGGUGAUACUGGUCUUCAUCAUGCUGUACGAUUGUCGAAUAAAUUGAUGAUAAAAUCUCUAUUAAUUUUUGAUGCUGAUAUCGAUGUAAGAAACAACAUUAUUGGUGAACAGCUGAAUCCAUAUCAAGUGGCAACAAAACGUCAGGAUCAAGAAGUGGUAAAAUUAUUCGAUUCAUUUAUGGAAGCCCGACGAACAGCGAUGGAAAAUCCACCACCACCACCACCAAUGGUUUUGAAUCCAAAUCAACAGCAGCAGCAAUGUUGUUAUUAUUUAAAUGUUUCCAAAACAGAAACGAAAACAAAAAUGAAAAAAUCAAGAUUAAUCUGUUUCGAUGGCGGUGGAAUCAAAGGUCUGUUUACCAUACAAAUGAUGAUUGAAUUGGAAAAAUGUCUUGUUCAAAAACAACGUAAUCUCAAAAAACAAGAAUCAUUAUUAUUAUCUGAUUAUUUUGAUUGGAUUGCCGGCACAAGUACCGGUUCAAUAAUUGCGUAUUUAUUUUCACAACAAAAAUCUUUGAACCAAUUACGUUUGUUGUAUUUUAAUUUUAAAGAUGAAAUUUUCCACGGUAAUCGGCCAUAUUCAACGGAUAAAUUGGAAUUUUUAUUGAAAACACAAUUAGAUGGUAAUAAAUCAAUGGAAGAUGUGUGGAAACAAUCGGCAAAACAUUUAUUGAUUGCUGCAUGUCGUAUUGAUUGUUAUCCACCUAGAUUGCAAUUAUUCUGCAGCCAUCAUCAGAAUCAAACGAAUAAAAUGUUUGUAUGGCAAGCAUUAAGGGCAUCAUCAGCGGCACCAACUUAUUUUCAUCAUUAUCCACCAUAUAUUGAUGGCGGUUUGAUGUCGAAUAAUCCAACAAUGGAUGCCAUUACGGAAUAUUUUCAUUAUGAGCAACAACAACAACAACGUCGACAAAACGACAACAAUCAACAGAAUUUCAAAUUGGAUCUUGUAUUAUCAUUCGGUACGGGCAUGAUACGACAUCAGGAACGUAAAAAUUUUUCUGCUGCAUUCGAUAAAUUUAAUUAUUUUCUUGAUUUUCGUUCAUUCGUCAACGAUCUAUCGUAUCGUCAUCAUCAUCAAUCAUGGACAUAUGGUAAUGAAUUGGCAGCACAGAUGAAAACACAGGUAACCAAUUGUAAUGAUCAUAUUGUAUCACGUUCAUUAUUAUGGUGUUCAUGUUUAAAUAUCACUUAUUGUCGUUUGAAUUCAUUAUUAACGAAAAAAAUUCCACUAGAUGAAUCACGUAAUGAUGAACUGGUACAGGCAUUAUGGGAUGUAAAAUUGUAUUCAUUGAAACAAUGGAAUUAUUUUAAUAAAAUUAUUGAUUGUUUAUUAUCAUCAGAUGAUGAUGAUGAUGAUGAUAAUGGUAAUGGUGAAGAUGGUGGCAAUAAUAAUCAACAA